AUGUUCCGCUCACUGGCACCCCGCGCCAUCCAAAGGGCGACGCGGCCCGUCUCCCAAAAGACAUUUUGCGCAUCCAACAUCUACUUCCAGAACCGGUUACGACGAGGCUAUGCGUCGGAAGCUGAGGACAAGGACCUAGUCAUCAUUGGUGGUGGUGUCGCAGGCUAUGUCGCAGCCAUCAAGGCAGGACAGGCGGGCAUGAAGGUCACCUGUAUCGAGAAGCGUGGCUCCCUCGGUGGAACUUGCUUGAACGUCGGCUGCAUUCCCUCAAAAUCGCUCCUCAACAACUCGCAUCUUUACCACCAGAUCCUCCACGACACAAAAGGCCGCGGUAUCGAGGUCAACGAUGUCAAGCUCAACCUCCCCGCCAUGAUGAAGGCAAAGGACACUUCCGUGUCUGGUCUCACCAAGGGAAUCGAGUUCCUUUUCAAGAAGAACAACGUCGAGUACAUCAAGGGAACUGGUGCGUUCCAGGACGAACACACUGUUGCUGUCAACCUGGUCGAGGGUGGCGAAACCACUGUCCGCGGCAAGAACAUUCUCAUUGCCACUGGCUCUGAGGCUACACCCUUCCCCGGCUUGACCAUCGACGAGCAGAAGGUCAUCACAAGCACUGGCGCUAUUGCGCUCCAGGAAGUGCCAAAGAAGAUGACCGUCAUCGGCGGUGGUAUCAUUGGACUUGAGAUGGCCUCCGUAUGGUCGCGUCUGGGUGCCGAGGUCACUGUUGUCGAAUUCUUGGGCCAAAUUGGUGGCCCUGGCAUGGACGCCGAGAUCGCCAAGGCGACCCAGAAGAUCCUCCAAAAGCAGGGCCUGAAGUUCAAGCUCAACACCAAGGUUACCGCAGGUGAGGUUCACGACGCUGGCGUCAAGGUCAGCGUUGAGGCCGCCAAGGGUGGAAAGGAGGAGACCAUGGACGCUGACGUCGUUCUCGUUGCCAUCGGUCGCCGCCCAUACACAUCUGGUCUUGGUCUGGACAACAUCAGCCUUGAGACCGACGACAGGGGCCGCUUGAUCAUCGACCAGGAGUACCGCACCAAGAUUCCCCACAUCCGCGCUAUCGGAGACUGCACAUUCGGACCUAUGCUUGCCCACAAGGCCGAAGAGGAGGCUGUCGCUGCCAUUGAGUACAUCCACAAGGGUCACGGUCACGUCAACUACGGCGCCAUUCCUUCCGUCAUGUACACUCACCCUGAAGUCGCCUGGGUCGGUCAAAACGAGCAGGAACUCAAGGAGGCUGGUAUCAAGUACAAGAACGGAACCUUCCCCUUCUCCGCCAACUCAAGAGCUAAGACCAACCUCGACACCGAGGGUAUGGUCAAGUUCCUCGCAGAUGCUCAGACUGACCGGAUAUUGGGUAUCCACAUCAUUGGACCCAACGCUGGUGAGAUGAUUGCUGAGGGUACCCUUGCUCUCGAAUACGGUGCCAGCUCAGAGGAUGUUGCUCGAACAUGUCACGCUCAUCCUACCCUCGCUGAGGCGUUCAAGGAGGCUGCUAUGGCCACCUACGACAAGGCUGUUCACUACUAG